CUGCGAGAAUGAAGACCAUUCUCAGCAAUCAGACAGUCGACAUUCCAGAAAAUGUGGACAUCACUCUGAAGGGGCGCACAGUCAUUGUGAAGGGCCCCAGAGGAACCCUCCGGAGGGACUUCAAUCACAUCAACGUAGAGCUGAGCCUUCUUGGGAAGAAGAAGAAGAGGCUCCGGGUUGACAAAUGGUGGGGCAACAGGAAGGAACUGGCCACCGUCAGAACCAUCUGCAGCCACGUUCAAAACAUGAUCAAGGGUGUUACACUGGGCUUCCGCUACAAGAUGAGGUCUGUGUAUGCUCACUUCCCCAUCAACGUCGUUAUUCAGGAGAAUGGGUCUUUGGUUGAAAUCCGAAAUUUCUUGGGUGAAAAAUACAUCCGCAGGGUUCGGAUGAGGACAGGCGUUGCUUGUUCUGUCUCUCAAGCCCAGAAGGAUGAAUUAAUCCUUGAAGGAAAUGAUAUUGAACUUGUUUCAAACUCGGCGGCUCUGAUACAGCAGGCCACAACAGUUAAGAACAAGGAUAUCAGGAAGUUUUUGGAUGGUAUCUAUGUGUCUGAAAAGGGAACAGUGCAGCAGGCUGAUGAGUAGACAUAAGGUACCAGUCCCAGAAACAAGCUCGGAAUUUUAUUACGAUUUGGGGUGUCUUUUGGGACAAUAAAAGACUUGUAUUGAAA